CACCGUCGGGUGCCAUGCCCGCCCGACGCCCAUCCACUGAACCAGCCCUGGAGACUUUCAACCACCAACCCCCGUCGCAUUUCGCCUUCCUUGGCUUGGGAAUUGAUCCGCCCCCCCGUAAAGUUCCUCGUUCCUGGGACGCCAGCAGCGGUCGUCGUCGUCAGGGGCUCAUCAACUCCGCUCCCUCGCCCAGCCAUCAACUCCAAACCACCCUUUUUUCGCCUCCGGCCCCGAGCCAAGCAAGCACCGUACCAUCGCCUCAGCGCCGUGACAAAGGAGAGCGCGCGUGCCCCAUCCCGUCUUCCGGUUCCCCCAACGCCAGCUAGCAGCAUUGUCACAGUCAUCCCGCGAAACCGACGAGUACCCACCGCAUCGCCGCCUCCCUGUUGUCCCCAGAGGUACUCGCUCGUCACGAAUCACGAUGCCUGCCUCGCUCGAUUCUUCUCGCCCCAUAAUGGCGCCCUCGGUACGUCUGUCCAGGCCACCACGAUGCUGGUCUUAUGUGCCCUGUCCCCCAACCUCGUUGCGCUGUUUGUUGUCUUGGUCCUGCCUUGCCCGGGGGCAAACAAUCGACGCGAGUGCCUGCCUGUCUUACCCUCCCUCCCUUGAGCCCAGUCGUCUCGUCUCGCCUUUGGCUGCCACCGCAAUAAACAUCCCCGAUCCCCUUUCUCGCUCCGCUUCUCCUCGUACGCCGUUGACCGCCUCGACGUGCUUCCCUCCCCACAAGCUCCCCCGAUCGCGCCUCGAGUCCUGGCACUCAACCGCGCCCAUGGCCGCCGCUCCUGCUGACACUGUGGCUUGCCAACAGAACCGAACGUCGGUCCGCUUCAGCACGUACAGCAUGGUGGCCCCGUCCUUGACGCCCACCUUCCAGACAUCAGACUCGGCGCAAGCCGAGAUCCGCGAUAUUGCCCUCGGUCUGGACCGCAUGGAGAACAAGGCCCUCUCGUCCCAGCGCGUCGUCCUCAGCGACGAGAAGACAGACAACAUGAGCAAGCUGGCCCUCGGCGCCAAGCUUGAGCGCGCCCUCGACCGUCGGAUGAGUAGCCAGGACGCCGUCAUGCGCCCUCGCCAGAAGAGCAUCAAGGUCAGCAUCAGCGAAAAGACACCAAUAUCCGAGAAGGCGUAGUGCAGCCUGUGUUGCGGACCCGGCAUGCGUGCCCUGCCGCGCGUUUUCAUCAAGGAAUCAGCUGGCUCGAUAUCGAAUACACGUGGUCACGAAAAGACCUUGACGGCCCGCCCUAUCGGUUAGACCCUCCAGCUCGGCACUGACGCGAUUGCUGCCCAAUUGCCAGGAUGCACUUGAAGCGUUGCGUCAGCAUAUUUUCCUGCGCCUGCUUGGUCAUCGGAAAGCAUAUGACAGGCAGGCGCCACGACCUUUCCAGACACCGACGGUUCAUUACAACUCCACUUUGUUUUAGAGGCUCUUCGCGAGUAUCGCUUCGAGGGUUGCGCGUCAGGCGAGGCCAGGCAAGAAGGGUGGGCGGCUGUUUGUUGCGUUCACGAGCAUUCACAACACAAGUGCUAGUGCUUGCAUGAGGGAGGGUUGAUGUUUAUGGUUACGGGACGAUCCGGCAUGUUUUGUUUGCUUUGUGCCCCGUUCUUAGGAUAUCCAAUGGCAGGGAAACCACGCUUCGCAUUCAGAAUCUGACAUGUCAAAGUUGCGGCUUGCGAUGUCGCAGACUCCACGUUGUGCCCUUGCAGUCACCGCUGCAAGCAUCGUCAGCUAUAAAGCAGAGAUUCAAACACAAAGCCACGUGUAUUUGCCCA